ACCGUCGGGAGGCUCAUCUGACGGCUGUCGCGUGACCGCCACCCCCCCCUGUGUGUACGAAUAUUCGGGCGCCCAAGACGCUCCCCUAUAAAUUGCCGCCUCGGUGCGCCGCUGCGGCCCACCUAUGCUCGCUCGCUCGCUUCCGUUGAUUUCUCAUUUGAGCCUGGCGCUCGCAACGCACGAGCACGAACGGUGAGUUGGGGGAGAAGGAAGAGAAACGGUCGAAGGAUUCGCGGGGUUGGGUUGGGGAAGCAGGCGAGGAGGACAGGAUGGGGUGCGGGCGGACGGUGAAGGCCGGGGCCGCGGCGGCGGCUGCGUUGGUGGUGGCAGCGGGGGUGAGGUUGGUGGGGCCGGCGGCGGCGGGGUUCGUGGCGGAGGAGAUCCCGCGAGCGCAGGCGGCGGCGGCCACGUGGCUCACGCCGCCGUACCUGUACCUCGUCAUCAACGCCAUCAUCAUCUCCAUCGCCGCGUCCUCGCGGUACCAGCCUACUAGACGCGCCCCCGCCUCAAGCGCCGUCGUGGGACUACCGGAGGAGGCUCCGGCCCCUGUGCUGAUUUCGGCGAUGGCGAUGCCGGUGCCUGCGCCGGCAGUGGCCAUGGCGAUGGCGGCGCCCGUACCGGAGGCCGUGGCCGUGGAGGAGCCGGUGGCGAAGACUGCUCUGGUGCCGGCGCCGGAGGUGGUGGUGGAGGAUGAGGAGGACUUUCUGAUUUCGAGGUCUGCGUGGACUCCGCAGCGCAGGGUGGCGGAGGUUGAGGCGGCGCCGUUCGCGGACCUGACGAACUCGAAGGAGAAGCCGCUGUCGUCAGCGCGGUUCGGCCGGAAGGCGGCCAAGCCCAGCCCAGAAGGGAGCAGGGCGCUGCGGGUGUCACGACCGCGGAGGGAGGACACGCUGGAGAACACGUGGAAGGCCAUCACGGAGGGGCGAGCACCACCGCUGGCUCGGCACCUCAAGAAGUCUGACACGUGGGACACCCGCCCUGGCCGCCGUCCGUCUGGCGGCAGCGGCGAUGGCCAGGAGGUGGUUCCUCCGCCACCGGGGCCGACUAUGCGGAAGGCGGAGACGUUCAACGACGCUGCCGCGGGAGGGGGGAGGAAGGUGCGCCGCGAGCCGUCGCUGGGGCAGGACGAGCUGAACCGGCGCGUAGAGGCCUUCAUCAACAAGUUCAACAUGGAGAUGCGGCUGCAGCGGCAGGAGUCGCUCAAGCAAUACAACGAGAUGGUCAGCAGCGGCGGCCAUUACUGAAGUCUGAAGAGAGACCCCACAAGAACUCUUGGGUGGGGGAACAGCAAGCAGCAAGUUACUGGUUUCUUGUUCGGUCUUCGUAUUUGGGUUUUGGUUUCUGUUUCUUCUCUGUAAGAAACGGUUCUGCGUCAAUUGCUAGAAGGGGAUAGUGAUAGUAGUUUUGCACGAGAGAUAAGCUACUCCGUAGAUGAUACAGAUUAGUGAGGGCCUGAAGACCCCAAUUUCUUUUGGGGUCCGGUCUUGUGUAUUAAAAUCUUUGCUUACUAAGCUGUUUCAUCGCGUUUCGGCGGUUCAUUGACCUGAACUUGCUACGAAGGGCCGGCGGAGAUUUGCAACGA